GUCUGUUUUUUUCCCCGUGGAGCAGAGCGCCAGGCAGUUUGGGGCUUUACACAGACUGUGCUGUGGGAGGUCUCAGGCUGUUACUGAAAGAUAAACUUAACUUUUUUUGUGGUUAUAGCGGAGAAUAAAAUCUACGGGGAGAGGAAACGAAGGAUUAAACAACUUUUUGUGUAGUUUUGCAGAAGCGCAGCGUUCUGCAAACAUGGCUUCACACAACACCAGCGGUGUCAAACGAGAGGAGAAGGGCAGGAACAUACAAGUCGUUGUUAGAUGCAGACCUUUCAACACAGUGGAGCGUAAGACUUCCUACGGCGUCAUCGACUGUGAUCAAAACAGAAAGGAGGUGACCGUAAAGACCGGAGGGGUGAACGACAAGGCGUCCAGGAAGACCUACACAUUUGACAUGGUGUUCGGUCCGGCCGCCAAGCAGAUCGACGUGUACCGCAGCGUCGUCUGCUCCAUCCUGGACGAGGUCAUCAUGGGAUACAACUGCACUGUUUUUGCUUACGGGCAGACGGGGACAGGGAAGACGUUCACCAUGGAGGGAGAGAGGAGUCCCGACGGGCAGUUCACAUGGGAGGAGGACCCUUUGGCCGGCAUCAUCCCCAGAACGCUGCACCAGAUCUUUGAGAAGCUCUCUGAGAACGGGACAGAGUUCUCCAUCAAAGUGUCCCUGCUGGAGAUCUACAACGAGGAGCUGUUCGACCUGCUCAGCCCCAGCGAGGACGUCAGCGAACGGCUGCAGCUCUUCGACGACCCGCGCAACAAGCGGGGCGUGGUGGUGAAGGGUCUGGAGGAGGUGACGGUCCACAACAAGGACGAGGUCUACCAGAUCCUGGAGAGAGGAGCCGCCAAGAGGAAGACGGCCUCCACGCUCAUGAACGCAUACUCCAGUCGUUCCCAUUCUGUGUUCUCGGUCACCAUCCACAUGAAGGAGAUCACUCUGGAUGGAGAAGAGCUGGUGAAGAUCGGCAAGCUCAAUCUGGUGGAUCUUGCCGGCAGUGAGAACAUCGGGCGUUCGGGUGCGGUGGACAAACGAGCCCGCGAGGCCGGAAACAUCAACCAGUCUCUGCUGACGCUGGGCAGAGUGAUCACCGCGCUGGUGGAGAAGAGGCCGCACGUCCCGUACAGAGAGUCCAAGCUGACCCGCAUCCUGCAGGACUCUCUGGGAGGCCGAACCAAAACCUCCAUCAUCGCCACCGUGUCUCCCUCCUCCAGCAACCUGGAGGAGACGCUGAGCACUCUGGAAUACGCCAGCAGAGCCAAGAACAUCAUGAACAAACCUGAAGUGAACCAGAAGCUCACCAAGAGGACGCUCAUCAAGGAAUACACCGAGGAGAUCGAGCGUCUGAAGCGUGACCUCGCUGCCACUCGGGACAAGAACGGAGUUUACCUGUCUGCAGAGAACUAUGACAACAUGAGCGGCCAGAUCACCAGCCAGCAGGAGCAGAUCGUGGAGUACACCGAGAGGAUCGCUGCCAUGGAGGACGAGCUGAGGAAGGUGACGGAGCUGUUUAUGGACAAUAAGACCAGGCUGGAGCAGUGCACCGCCGAUCUGGACGAGAAGCAGCAGAGGCUGGAGGAGACCAGCAGAGACCUGCAGCUGACGAGAGAGCGGCUCGGUCAGGAGGAAUUCAUCAGCUCGGCUCUGACCACCGACCAGGAGAACCUGUACAACACCGCCGGCCAGCUGCUGAGCACAGUCGGCGCCAGCACCAGAGACGUGUCGGGGCUGCAUGACAAGCUGGACCGCAAGAAAAAGGUGGAGCAGCACAACGGGGAGAUGAAGCAGAGCUUUGAGGAGCGCAUGGAGGGAGCGUUCAGCAGCAUGCAGGCCAGCAUCCAGCAGCACAGCCGCAGUCACCACGACAUGCUCAGCAGCUUCUCUCAGGCCGUAGACGGUUUGCUUGGAACGAACGAGGAGGCGCUGAAAGGCGCUCUGGUGACGAUGGAGUCCUUUGUGGGCGGAGUCAAGCAGCUGGUGGCCGAGGGUGUGGCCCGCUGCCAGGACCGAGUCCGCCAGCAGGAGGCGCUGUGCCUGCAGAACAAGGAGAGCCUGAUGCAGCUGCUGGAGGAGCACGGGCGGGACAUGCAGGAUGUUUUGGCGGCUCAGACUCUGUCGGGUCUGUCUGCUGUGAAGGAGCAGCUCGACACUCUGAGGACCUCAGUGGAGACACGGCGAGCUCUGGCCGACAAGGUGGAGGCGAUGAAGGACGUGGGUGUGUUUUUCGGCGGCCUGGUUCAGGACCUGGCGAAGCUGAGGCAGGACGUCCUGCGGGACCUGAGCGCCCUGCAGGCCGAGCAGGACAGGCUGCAGGACGAGAUCCGACAGGCCGAGGAGAAACACCAGACGGGGAUGAAGCAGACCAUCCAGUGUCUGCAGGACCAGCUGAACCUGCUGGCCAUGCAGACGCAGAAGAACUUCACGGACCUGCGCUCAGCCAGCCGGGCGCUGCAGGGCCCCGUGCAGAGCGUCCAGCAGAGCAUCCACACUCGUUGCAGUUCGAUGGAGCGUCUGGCCUCAGAUCAGGCGGAUCUCCUCUCCUCCGCCUCCUCCUCGCUCGCCUCCUCGCUGCGUCUGGACGCUGAGCAGAGCCAGGAGACGCUGCAGCAGCUCGCCGGACGCUGCUCGGGCCUGCACAGCUCCGUCAGCGGCCUGCUGGAUCAAGACGUGCAGUGGAGCUCCAGGGUCCGGCUGCAGUCGGACGCCUCAGCCCAGGAGCAGCUCAGACAGCUGGGCGUGGACAACACGAACACUCAGGCUCUACAGCAGGGCGUGGAGGCUCACUGCGCCCAGCAGCUGCAUGUGGCCUCAGAGGAGCUGCGAGGCCAGCAGGAACAGGUGAAACAGGCUCUGCUGCCCGUCCAGGACCAGGCCCACCUGGACCGGGACGUCCUGAACCAGCAGCAGGUCCAGCUGCAUGAACACAUGGAGACGAGCCUGCAGCUGGUGCACAACUUCCUGCAGGACGAGCUCCAGCAGGACGUCCCGACCGGUCUGACUCCUCAGCGCCGGCAGUUUGUUUAUCCCUCAUCGCUGCAGAAGCUGCGCAGACGCAGCGAGCUGCUGGAGAGUCUGAGGCUGCAGCAGCUGGAGCUGCAGGUCGAGCAGGACGAGCUGGAGGAGCCGGAGGACGACAGACACAGCCAGGUCGACCAUGACUCCCUGGAGGACGAGCUCAGCACCUGUAAUGAAAGCGUGGCCACCGAGGUGUCCUUCGACGAGAACCUCGUCUGCAACGAGAACAGCAGAGUUCCUUUCUUCAAGCAGAAGAAGUCUGGCAGGAAGGAGCCGAAGGUUCCCGUCAAGUCCAAAGUUUCCGAAAACGACGCCUCGCAGACGCCUCAGAAAUCCAAACUGCCGCUCCGUGCCAAGAACUGAACAGCCAGACAGUUCAUUAUUGUUUAGAAAAAAAAAAUGGUCAUGAUUGUUUUAUCGUUUUAUUAUUGUCCCGUUUUUUAAUGUCUUUUCUGGUGCUCUCUUUUUGUUUUUAUUUUUUAAAAUAAAUUUCAUGAAUGAGUGUCUUUGUAAAAUUGCUGAAUCUUAAUGUAAAAAUAAAGAGCUUAAUGUGCUUA